AGUUGAGCUCGUUCAUGGUUUCAAGUUGCGUGGCAAAUUUGACUUUUAAUUUUUAUGGUUAUCGAAUAUCGGUUAGUAAUUCUAAAUAAAGUGGCAAGAUGUCACAAGAAAAUUUAGGUAUUAGAGUACCUGAAAGUAUAAAUUUUCCUAGUGAAGAAACGACGAUUUUAGAAUUUUGGAAAAAGAUUGAUGCCUUUCAAACAUCUUUGAAAUUGUCAAAAAAUAAACCUAGAUAUUCAUUUUAUGAUGGGCCCCCUUUUGCUACUGGGCUACCGCAUUAUGGACAUAUUCUUGCGGGAACUAUUAAAGAUGUUGUCACUCGGUAUGCACACCAAAAGGGCUAUUAUGUUGAGAGAAGAUUUGGAUGGGAUUGUCAUGGUCUACCUGUGGAGUUUGAGAUUGACAAAGCUCUUGGGAUAAAAGGGCCAGAUGAUGUUGCAAAAAUGGGAAUCGAUAAAUAUAAUGCAGAGUGUCGGAAAAUUGUAAUGAAAUAUGCUACUGAAUGGGAAACUGUUAUUACAAGAAUGGGAAGAUGGAUAGAUUUCAAGAAUGACUACAAAACUCUUUACCCAUCGUUCAUGGAAUCUGUUUGGUGGGUAUUUAAAGAAUUAUACAAUAAAGGAUUAGUUUAUCAAGGCGUGAAAGUAAUGCCAUUUUCAACUACAUGUUCAACUCCUCUUUCAAAUUUCGAAUCUGGUCAAAACUACAAAGAUGUGGUGGACCCUGCUGUUGUUGUCUCGUUUCCUACUGCAGAGGGAUUUUCAUUACUUGCUUGGACUACUACACCAUGGACACUUCCAAGUAAUCUCGCUUUGUGUGUCAAUCCUAAGUUAACUUAUCUUAAGGUAAGAGAAAAAGCAUCCAAUACGUGCUAUGUGCUCCAAGAGAAUAGAUUUCCUGUAAUCUUCAAAAAUGUUGAUGAUUUUGAUAUUCUUGAAAAAUUUCCUGGAAUUAAAUUGAAGGGUAUUAAAUACACUCCAGUAUUUGAUUACUUUGUUUCCCAAUGUCCAAAUGCUUAUCAAGUUCUAAUUGAUGGCUAUGUAACUGAUGAUUCUGGUACUGGUGUAGUACAUCAAGCUCCAUACUUCGGAGAGGACGACUAUAGGGUUUGCCUGGCAGCUGGCAUCAUUACCAGAGAUCAAGAUAUCAUAUGCCCAGUAGAUGCCAGUGGAAAAUUCACUGAACCCGUCAAAGAUUUCUUAGGCCAAUAUGUCAAGGAUGCAGACAAAAACAUUAUUGCUAACCUCAAAACUCGCCAAAGGCUUGUGCAGGUUGGUCAAGUAAAACAUAGUUAUCCUUUUUGUUGGAGAUCCGAAACACCGUUAAUUUAUAAAGCUGUUCCAUCAUGGUUUGUGAGAGUGGAACAAAUGAUUCCGGACUUAUUGAAAUCAAGUGAAGCUACAUAUUGGGUUCCUGAUUAUGUUAAAGAAAAACGAUUUGGCAAUUGGCUUAAAGAAGCAAGAGACUGGGCUAUUAGUCGUAAUAGAUAUUGGGGAACUCCUAUUCCAUUGUGGAUAUCUCAAGACAAACAGGAGGUUGUUUGUGUCGGCAGUAUUGCUGAAUUAAGUGCUUUAACUGGUAAAGAUAUAACAGAUAUACACAGAGAGAGUAUCGAUCACUUAGAAAUUCCUUCUUCCCGACCUGGUCAACCUCCUCUCAAAAGAGUAUCAGAAGUAUUUGAUUGUUGGUUUGAGUCAGGAUCUAUGCCUUAUGCUCAAUGUCACUUCCCAUUUGAAAACAAAAAAGAAUUUGAUGAUAUUUUCCCUGCUAAUUUCAUUGCAGAAGGAAUAGAUCAAACCAGAGGAUGGUUCUAUACAUUGAUUGUGUUGUCUACAGCAUUGUUUAAAAAGCCACCAUUUAAAAAUUUGAUUGCGAAUGGACUGAUUUUGGCUUCUGAUGGACAGAAAAUGUCGAAACGUAAGAAAAAUUAUCCUGAUCCUUUGGAAGUUGUUUCAAAAUAUGGGGCUGAUGCUUUGAGAUUAUAUCUUAUUAAUUCUCCUGUUGUAAAAGCGGAGAACCUGAGAUUUAAAGAAGAAGGAGUAAGAGAUGUUAUCAAAGAUGUAUUUCUACCCUGGUUUAACGCUUUUAGGUUUUUAAUGCAAAAUGUUGAAAGAAUCAUCCAAGAAGAUAAAAUUAACUAUAAAUAUAACGAAAAGGUACAAAGAGAAAAUGUCAUGGAUAAGUGGAUAACCUCUUUCACCCAAUCACUUAUUCAGUUUGUAACCAAAGAGAUGGCAGCAUACAGAUUGUACACUGUAGUGCCCCAAUUAACUAAAUUCAUUGAUCAUUUGACUAACUGGUACGUUAGAAUGAAUAGAAAGCGGCUAAAAGGUGAAAAUGGAGUUCAUGAUUGCCAAGUGGCUUUAGAUACACUUUUUGGUGUUUUAUUCGACAUGAUUCGUGUGAUGGCACCAUUUACACCAUUCUUGACUGAACUUAUGUAUAAAACAUUAAGACAACUUCUGCCUGGAACAUCACUCGAAAGUGUACACUACAACAUGAUACCAGAAGCCAAACACGAAUUUGUUGAUUCUGAAAUCGAACGAGCAGUACAAAGAAUGCAGGCUGUCAUUGAAUUGGGUCGAGUAGUAAGAGAUAGGAAAACAAUACCUAUUAAGUAUCCUUUACCAGAAAUGGUUGUGAUACAUCAAGAUCCAACCUACCUUAGCGACAUUAAUUCUCUCCUUACUUAUGUCGUAGAGGAGAUGAAUGUCAGGAAGGUUACAUUAUCUAAUGAUAAAGAAAAGUAUGGUAUCACAUUGAGAGCAGAGCCCGAUCAUAAGACACUUGGCGCUAGACUGAAAGGUGAUUUUAAAGCUGUAACACAAGCACUGAAAGACCUCGACAAUAAUCAGUGUGAAAAACUCCUAGCAAAUGGCUAUGUUGAAUUACUCGGCCAAAAAAUAGAUGUCAGUGAGGUUCGUUUGAUAUUCCAAGCAAAAGCAAAUGACCAGUAUGAAGCUCAUAGCGACAAUGAUGUUUUGAUACUGCUUAAUGUAACUCCAGAUCAAGAUAUGCUUGACGAAGGGUUUGCAAGGGAAAUAAUUAACAGGGUACAAAAACUUCGAAAAAAGGCUCACUUAGUACCAACAGAUGAAGUAGAUGUUUAUUUCACCGUUAAUAGAUCUAGCGAUAUACUUCGCAUCAUAAAUUCACAUAGGGAGCUUAUUGAAACAACAGUGAAGGCGCCGUUAAAAGACAUUAAAGACCUAUCAGCUUCAAAGCUAAUAAUAAUAGAAGAAACACAGGACUUAAAAGGCUCGCAGCUUAAGUUAGUAAUAACCUGGCGGAAAGAUGUAGAAAUGCCAGCGAGUCCUUGGGUCAAUGUCGUGGUACAGGGUAUCAAACCUAGGUUUGGUGCUAAGAGUUGUUAUGGCUGUGUUAUUCUAAAUACUGUGAAUAAUAAAUAUUUAACAUUGACCGAACUUUACGACGAAAUCAAGAUUUUGUUUGGUCUGUUCGGUUUAAGAUUUACGUUAUGGUUAGAUGGAAGUAAAAUUGAAAGUACUACAAAUUUAAGCACUAAAACAGUCGUUGUAUCUUUUGAAAAACCUGUAGCUGUUGAUUCACAAAACACACCUUUUUGUAAAUUUGCUAACGUUAGCACGGAUGGGAAAGUUUCGACCCUGCUUCUCGAGAACCCUCGUGGUGAAGUACUCAUGACAGAAGAUCAGGCUGCAUUUUUUUUUGCAAACGUUAUCAAAGCCUGAACGAUUAAUAACAGGAUCUAUCUUAAUGCAAUGCUAUAUUUAAGUGUAUUUAUUUCUGCUUGUUAUAUUAUGAAUUGUUGUUACAAAGUUCUGGUCGGCUAUUUUUUGUGAAACUGUUUUUUGGGUAAAAUCUACAUACCAGUAAUUUACUAUAGGUAUAUUUUUCUAUGGUUACUCUUUAAUCCAAAUUUCGCAAAAGCAUUACAUUAUAAUCAUGCGCCAUUGAAACUUGAUCUGCGGCGAAACUGAAAUAUCUCAAAUAUAUAAAUAAAACUCACCUCGUCGAGUUCUUAUUGAUGUGACAACUGCGUCACCCAUACCUUUAAUAAAUUAGAUAUCUGUAAUUAGGUGAUUAGCCACUUGGGCGAAUGCGGUCAUAGGAUAAGAAAGACAGCGCAGUUCCCUAACAUCCGGGAGUCACCGAUUCGAUCCCCGCCCGCCACGUACCUAUGUGUUUUCGAUUCUCCCAAAUCGAAAAUAAGCUUAUUCGACGCUCGUACGGCUAGGAACCUUACAACACACCUGCGGAGAAAUUCAAUUAGUAAGUGGUUACACCAAAGAAACCACAAAUACUCUAACUCUAACCACCAAACUUUUCUAAUGCAAUUCUAUCAGAAAACGAAAUAGCAGCAAUAUCAGCAGAUAUUGACAGGCCAAGGUGUGCUCUAUAGGUCAUACGCGUUCUUUCUCUUCAACUUCUGAUACCGUGAAAAACAAAAUAAAAUUCACAUUUGUGGUAUAUUUAAAAAAUCAUGGAUGGCAGUGAGGAAUAUCAUAAAUACCCAUGAUAUGAUUUUUUAAUUAGUCUGAGUGUUAAAGUUAGUAUUUUGUAUUGAUUUGACAACUGUGUCGAAACUGUGUCAUGUGAUUCAUUCAAAUAUUCUGGCAGAAUAAUAGAAUGAAUGUUUUUGCGGGUAGGAGAAAUGUACAAAAUCCAAUUCUAACGUACUCUUCAUUUGUUGUUAUUGAAUAUUUUGACGGAAACCGAUAGUGCAGGAUGUAUACAAACGGCACACUCUUGGGAAUCGCUGACAUCUCCCCCGGUGAACAACAUAAGUUACCUUAAAUUAUUGAUAUGUAGUCUUGACCCAUAUCUUAUGUCAUUAUAACUUACUCCUGUCAGUGUUAUCAUGUACAUGUCAAUAUUACUGAUUAAAAUUAAUUUAUAAA